AUGUCGCUUUACGAGUGUUGUCGUGCGGUGAGACGAACGGGCGGGAGGGAGGGGGGAGGGGCGCGGGCGCGAAGAUAUGUGGGGCUGUACACGGGGCCCUACUUCGACCCCUCGGCGCCGAACAACGUCACGGCGCAACUCGGUACUCACGCCUACCUGCCGUGUAAGGUGCGCCAGCUGAGCAACAAGUCCGUGUCCUGGAUCCGACGGCGCGAUGCGCACAUCCUGACUGUGGACCGGUUUACGUUCAUAGCGGACGAGCGCUUCCAGGCCUUCCUCGUGGAGGCGACGGACACAUGGACCCUGCAGGUCAAGUAUGUGCAGGCGAGGGACGCCGGUCUCUACGAGUGCCAGGUCGGCACCGAGCCCAAGAUGAGCCAUUUCGUGCAGCUCAACGUAGUGGUGCCCAAGAUCGAGAUCGCUGGUGAGAGCGAGAUCUACGUAAAAGCCGGCAGCACAGUGAGCCUGCGCUGCGUGAUCACGCAGGCCCUCGAGGAGCCCGCCUACAUCUUCUGGUACCACAACGAGCGGCGCGUGCUCGGUUACCGACGAGGGCUGCGCGACAUCCGCGUCGAACGCACCGGGCCCGAUACCACUGUGGGCCACCUCGUGCUGCACCACCCCGUGCGAGAGGACUCUGGCAACUAUUCCUGCGCUCCCUCCAACCUGGCCUCCGCCUCCGUCGUUUUACACGUGCUGAGCGGUGAACAACCGGCGGCGAUGCAGCACGGCAACGCCGCGGGGCCCGCAUCCCCUAGCCGCCCGUUACUCGCGUUCGGAGCUCUUUAUGCGCUCUGGGGUGCCUUGAGUUCGUGGCUUACGACAAACGGGGGCGCGGGCCCGGGCAGGGGCCUCCGUGGUUUCGCUGUGCUGUUCGCGCUGAUCUUGUGCCACGAUGAAGACGGGCCGAAAUAG